AUGAGUGAAUGUUUGAAACAUGAAAAACCAAAUAAAGAUUGCAUGAAAUAUGCAAUUAUUUCACACAACAUUGAUUUUGUUACAUUUUUGAUGUAUGAGUACAAUAUAAAGAUCAAUGAUGAAUUAAUUUCAUGCGGAGAAUAUAGAAAUCUUGAAUCAUUUUUAGUUUGUUUCGAUCAAACGAAUGAUAUUAAUCAAUGUUUUGUUUAUUCGGCAAUGUUUGGUAUAACUUCUCUUUGCGAAUAUUUCAUUUCGCAUGGUGCAAAAGUCAACAAAAAGGAUGAAAUGGGAGAAACAGCUCUUCAUUAUGCAGCAGAAUAUAAUUAUAAAGAAAUAGCAGAACUCCUUCUUUCACACGGUGCAAAAAUAAAUGAAAAAGAUAAAGAUGGACAAACGGCUAUUCAUUAUGCCGCAAAAUAUAAUUAUAAAGAAAUAGCAGAACUCCUUCUUUCACACGGUGCAAAAGUCAACAAAAAGGAUGAAAUGGGAGAAACAGCUCUUCAUUAUGCCGCAAAAUAUAAUUAUAAAGAAAUAGUAGAACUCCUUCUUUCACACCGUGCAAAAAUAAAUGAAAAAGAUAAAGAUGGACAAACGGCUCUUCAUUUUGCAGCAGAAUGUAAUAAUAAAGAAAUAGUAGAACUCCUUCUUUCACACCGUGCAAAAGUCAAUGAAAAAGAUAAAGAUGGACAAACGGCUCUUCAUUAUACCGUAAAAUAUAAUAAUAAAGAAACAGCGGAACUUCUUCUUUCACAUGGUGUAAAAGUCAACGAAAUAGAUGAAACGGAAGAAACAGCUCUUCAUAUUGUAGCAAAUAAUAAUAAUAAAGAAAUAGCAAAACUCCUUCUUUCACACGGUGCAAAUGUCAAUGUGAAACGUAAUCAUCCCCCUCUUCACAGUGCAGUGAACUUUAAUCAUAAAGAAAUGGUAGAACUUCUUAUUUCAAAUGGUGCAAAUAUCAAUGAUAAAGAUGUAAUAGGACAAACAGCUCAUUUACUCGCAGCAAAGUUUCAAUAUAAAUAA